AUGGAUCUGAUUUUUCGAUUUCAAUUACCAGAUAUGUCGGCGACUAUUCCUCGAUUACCAAGCAAACAAGAAGCUGCACCAACAAAGAACGAUAUAUUUGACAACUACUACGAAAGUUACAGUGAAAAGUACAUUGAAUUUAUGAACAACAACCCAACAACAUACCACACUAUUGGCCAUUUCAAAUCAUUACUUGAAAACAACGGAUUCACUUUUUUGCCAGAUAACAAGCCAAUCACAGACUUAUCACCAGGAUUUUAUUUCACAUCUAAAGACGACCAGUGUUUGGUUGCAUUUAUUAUUGGGGGGAAUUGGGAACCAGAAAAAGGUUCUUGUUUUGUUGGCAGUCAUUGUGAUGCCUUGAGUGUUAAAAUAAAUCCGCGUGGGCUGUUACGGGAUAGCGUCAAUGGAUAUGAGUUGUUAGGAGUAGCACCUUAUUCGGGAAGCCUUAAUAAAUUGUGGUUGAAUAGAGACUUGGGUCUUGCUGGGUCAAUUUUGGUACGAGACUACAAGACAGGAAAAAUAUUUCGGAAAUUGAUCAAAUCUCAUCCUGAUCCAAUUGCCUUUAUCCCUCAACUACCAGAAGUUUUCCCUGGUUCGCCAAAGGAAUAUAAUACCCAGACUGAAAUGGUACCUAUUUACGGAUACACCACUGAAAAUUUGGUACCUACUGACGAGGAAAAACAGAGUAAAUUUUUCAACCGUCAUUCCUUGGCGCUUUUGAGAUAUGUAUCAAAAUUGGCUGAGGUUCCACUUGCUUCUAUUGUUGACCUUGACCUAGACCUAGUGGAUAUACAACCAAGCUGCCGAGGAGGUUUAGGCAACGAAUUUAUUUACCUGGGUAGUUUAGAUGAUAGGCUAUGUGCUUUUGCUUCAGUGUAUGGUUUGAUAGAGUAUAGUCAGAGGUUUUACUUGGACAAGGAUAUCGAAACAUUUGAUGGGUUGAAUGGUAUUUAUCUAGCCAAUCACGAGGAAAUAGGAAGUGAAAGCAGAACUGGAGCCAAAGGAGGGUUUCUAAUUGAUAUUCUAAAAUCAAGUGUGAGUGAUAAACACCAAACACAUACACCAGAAGCAAUUGCUAAUUUGACUACCAAUACAAUCUUUUUGUCAUCAGAUGUAACCCACGCCUUAAACCCAAAUUUCAAAAACGUGUAUUUGGAGAAUAAUUUUCCGGUACCAAACACAGGACCUUCUAUUAAGUUUGAUUCCAAUUAUCACGUUUUGAGUGAUUCUAAAGGUAAUGAAUUUUUGACACGGAUAAUAGAUGAUUUAUCGGGAAUCAAACUUCAACACUUUCACAUAAGAAACGAUUCUCGGUCAGGUGGCACUAUUGGUCCAAUAAUGUCUGACAGUCGAAGAGGCAUUAACGGGGCUAAAUUAAUCAUUGAUGUUGGCUUGCCAAUACUAAGCAUGCAUUCUAUUAGAAGUAUCGCUGGGUAUAAAGAUGUUGGCAUAGGCAUUAGGUUUUUCAAGGAAGUAUUUUCCAAGUGGAAGCUGACUAUUGAUAUAAUGGAGAAUAGGGAAUAA